ACUAUGUCCAGGAACAUUGGAGGGAGGAUGAUUUUUUUGGCUACCAGUUUUUAAAUGGUGUCCACCCCAUGAUCAUCCAACGUUGCUCAGCUCUGCCUGAUAACUUUCCUGUCACUGACAGCAUGGUCUUCCCCAGUGGUCAGUUUAGCUUGGACGGUGAAAUGGAGAUUGGCAACAUAUUCCUGUGUGACUACAAGCGUUUGGAUGGAGUGAAAGCAAACACGAUCAAUGGGAAGCAACAGUACUUGAUGGCUCCCCUUGUCCUGCUCCACAAAACACCUGAUGAUAAGCUGAUGCCACUUGCUAUUCAGCUGAAGCAGACUCCAGCAGAUGAUAACCCCAUCUUCCUUCCUACUGAUUCUGAGUAUGACUGGUUGACGGCCAAGAUUUUUGUGAGAAGUGCAGAUUUCAACGAACAUCAACUCAAUGCUCAUCUGCUGCGCACUCAUCUGCUGGCUGAAGUGUUUACAGUGUCACUGCUGCGCAACGUGUCCAGGAAGCAUCCACUGUACAAGGUCCUUGUACCCCACACUCGCUACACUCUGCAUAUCAACUUCUUGGCUCGAGAGAAUCUCAUAUCUGAGACUGGAGUUUUCACAAAGUUUGCAGCUUCUGGUGGAGAGGGUAUGACAGCACUCCUGAAGAGCUCACUGUCCUCAGUGACCUACAGGUCCCUCUGCAUAAAAGAGGACAUUGUAGAUCGUGGACUGAUGGAUUU